UGGAAAGAAGAAAAGGGAGAAGGAACAUCACCUAAGGUAGUCUAUAUAUAGCCUAACAUCCACAACCUCCACUCUUAUAUUGUGUGAGUAUUCCUACCUACUUUCAUUCCUUCUAAACUCUAACAAACCCACCUUAAAUACACAAGAAUAUCACAAACUUAACACUUACCAUCAUUCAAAAAACCCAACCAACUAAAAACAAACUUUUUUUUUGAACCCAAAAAUGGACUUGGAAACAAACACUAGUGACUACACCCAUGAUGGAACUCUAGAUCUUCGUGGUCGUCCUAUUAUAGCCUCUAAGAGUGGCAAAUGGAAGGCUUGUGCUUUUCUUUUAGCUUAUGAAGUAUUUGAGAGGAUGGCUUUUUAUGGCAUAGCUUCAAAUUUGGUGGUUUACUUAACAACCCAACUCCAUGAAGACACAGUUUCCUCAGUUAGGAAUGUGAAUAAUUGGAAUGGAGUUGUAUGGAUGACACCAAUCCUUGGUGCUUAUCUUGCGGAUGCCUACCUUGGUCGAUAUUGGACUUUCACCAUCUCUUCUCUAAUCUAUGUCAUGGGCAUGCUACUCUUGACAAUGGUAGUUUCUCUCAAGUCCUUAAAACCAACAUGCACAAAUGGAACAUGCAACGACAAUCAACAUUCUUCACUCCAAAUAAUGUUAUUCUACACGUCCCUCUACAUAAUUGCCCUUGGUGCGGGAGGUACAAAGCCUAACAUCUCCACAUUUGGCGCAGACCAAUUCGACGAUUUCGAUCCCCAUGAGAAACAACUUAAAGUCUCAUUCUUCAAUUGGUGGAUGUUUUGUGCCUUCUUAGGAGGUUUAUUUGCAACUUUAGCGCUUGUUUAUAUACAAGAAAACUUGGGUUGGGGUUUAGGUUAUGGUAUUCCUACUAUUGGCAUUAUAUUAUCCUUAAUAGUUUUUUAUAUAGGAACACCGAUUUAUAGGCACAAACCUAAAAAUGUUAAAAGCCCGACCGGAGAUAUUGUUAAGGUUGUUUUUACUUCAUUGGCCAAUUGGAAACUUAAAGUUGCUAGUGAUCCUAAGGAGAAUGAUCAAGAAGUUCAACCACAACAUGCCAUCACCAAUGUUGGAACAACCAAGGAAAAUCAAACUUCCAUUUUCAGGUUUUUUGACAAAGCUACAAUAAAAGAAGGAAGUUCAAGAGUCCCAUGCACACAAGCACAAGUAGAGAAAACAAAGCAAGUUUGUGGGAUGAUUAUGAUAUGGUUAGUACUCCUUAUUCCUAGCACAAUUUGGGCUCAAAUCAACACUCUAUUUGUAAAACAAGGUACAACUUUAGAUCGUCACAUAGGGAGUCAUUUUUUGGUCCCGGCAGCCUCCCUAGGGAGCUUUGUGACCUUGUCAAUGCUCCUCACCGUACCAAUUUAUGAUCGAUAUUUUGUGCCAUUAAUGCGAGAAAAAACCGGAAACCCUAGGGGAAUCACCCUCUUACAACGCCUUGGUAUUGGUUGUAUCAUCCAAAUCGCAGCCAUAGCAAUCGCAUAUACGGUUGAGUUGCAAAGAAUGCAUGUCAUUAAGGUGGAGCAUGUUGUAGGAAAAAAUGGACUUGUUCCUAUGAGCAUUUUUUGGUUAUUGCCUCAAUAUGCCCUAAUUGGUGUGGCGGAUGUUUUCAAUUCUAUUGGUUUGCUUGAGUUUUUCUAUGACCAAUCGCCCAAUGACAUGCAAAGUUUAGGGACAACAUUUUUUACGAGUGCUAUUGGAGUUGGAAAUUUUUUAAAUAGUAUGCUCGUUACUAUGGUUGAUAAGAUGACCGGAAAAAAUGGUGGAAAGAGUUGGAUCGGAAACAAUUUAAAUGAUUGUCACUUGGACUACUAUUAUUUAUUCUUGUUCGGAUUAACGAUUUUGAAUAUGGGGGCGUUUAUGUGGGCAUCAAGUGUCUAUGUUUAUAAAAAGGAGUCUAAAAUGGUACAAGAGAAUGGUAACUAUGUCCCAAUAGAAGGGAAGAUUAUAGAUGCCUCACUAGGGUUAUAAAUAUGUGAAGUAGGUUAAUUGUAAUUAUUUAAAUUAAAAUUAGGAAGGUUGUUGAAUUUCUCAAUUGUAACUUGUAAGUUGUAUCCAAUCAAUGAUUGUAUAAAUAAGAUUGUUUCACCUAAUAAAGGUGAAUUAGUUAUAAUGUCUUGAAAUUUUAUAUGGUAAUUAGACGUGGUAAAAAUUUAAA